AUGCCCAAUGGAAAAGUUUAUUAUGAAGCUGAAAGGAUUUUAGAUGAGAAAUUGAUGGGGGAUGAACUGUAUUAUUCUAUUAAAUGGAAAGGAAUUGAUGAAAGUGGAAAGCCUUGGACCCCAACAUGGGAACCGGCAAGCUAUUGCACCCAGCCACUUAUUGAAUCUUGGGAACAACAAAAACGAGCAGCUAAAAGAAAGAUGAGAUCACCAACUUUACCACUGCCCGGGAAAAUAUUAUCACCAAAAAAAGAAGCAAGGAAGGUGUCAAAAAUAAUUGGGGGUUCUAGCAAUGAAAAUGACAACGACCUUUCUCAAGUCGAUUGUGGGAGUAGGUCUGAAACCUCCAUGAUGAUUGAUUCAUCAAGCAAUGAAAAUAAAAUGACACCACCUUCUUCAAUACAUUCUAAAAUAAAACCAAUGACAAAUGGUUCAGACGGUGACAAUCCAUUGGCAUGUCAGAUACCAACGAUGCAUCGUUUAUCUCAUAGCCAACUGGAUGUCAUGGUUCCUGUACCAUUAUCAUUGAUGCAACAAAAAGCAUAUCGUAAAAUUAUAUCUGCACCUCAUUUAACUCGAUCCUUUGCUCAAGCCUCGGUGCCUUUACCUCAGAAUUCACCCAUUUUAUUAGCUAAAGAGCAAUUACUCAUGGUUGUUAAUCAUCUAUCAUUACUUUUAUCUUCAAAUGAAUCCAAUAAUUGGAUAAAAGAUGUCGAUCAUACCGGAAAACUUGUAAUGAUACGGCAAUUGUUAAAAAUUUUAAGGCAUAAGAAUCUUGCUAUCGGAAUUUCAAUUCCUUCGGGAUUAAUGACGGAUAUUUUUAUAGACUUUUUGGAGUCAAAUGGUCAUCGAUACAGAUUUAUUAACGAUCCUUCAAUUAAGCAUGAACAACAAGCUGCAGAAUUGUUUCAUAAUGGCUUAAUGUGUUUUAUUUUUUCAACAGUCUUACAGAACAAAGACAUUGAGUUAGUAAAAUCAAAAUUCGCUCAAUCUGUGUUCAAUAUGAACAUUCCGGUCAUCAGACUUGUUACCAAGAAUACUAUAGAACAUGCUAUGAGUUACCAAAUGCUAAUAGAGAAAAAGAAUCUUUCAAAUUUGACGCUUUCAGAAUUAAAAAAGGCUAUAACUUAUGGUGCAUGGAAAAGACAUCAGUUUAUUAUACCUGGUUGUGAAGUGGCGCAAUUUGAUAUCAAAGGUGUAUGCGAAAAGAUUGAAAAUUGGUUGGAUGAAGGAAAGCUAAGGAUGUUAAAUUUCGGAAUGGAUGCGGCCAUUGAGAAAAAUUGGGACAGGAGCGCAUGUAUUGGAGGAUCAUCUGUGCAACCGGGAAGUUCAGGAAAAAGAAUUUGUAUUGAUGUAGGAACUAGUAAGAGAAAAAAGGGUAAAGAAGUGAUUUCUACCGGGGAUGAUAUUUUAAAACCUUUAAAACCUAAAAAAAUAAAAAUUUCAACUGAUUCCAAUGAAGCUGAAGAAGAUCCAAUAAUUAAAGUUGAAGCUCCAGAAAUUGAAAUUAAUCAAUUGGGAAAUGAACCGCCAACAUUUAUUUCACCUAAUCAUAUAAAUUCACCAGUGCCCGAAUCCUCUAGGCGUGUAAAUACACCAACGCUCGGAUCAACCAAAUUCUUAAAUGUACUAUCACGUAAAUCCCCUAAUCGUUCGAAUACAGUGUUUCGGUCUCCUAGACGUUUGUUUACAUCACCGCGAGAACCACCUAAGCGAUUGAGUGAUAAAGCUACGGGGAAAUUAGUAUCUGAUCCUGUAGAGAGAUCAAAUACUCCGAUAAAAGAGCAAAAAGAACAAAAUGAAACAUCAGAAGAUUGGAAACAAAAAUUCAUUGAUCUGUGUAGUAAAUCUACACAACGUGAAGAAAUCAUAAACAACCUUCAGGAAGAAAAUAACAGGUCUCGGGACUUAAUCAAUGAACUUAGUGCAGAACUUGCUAGCACUAGAAGGCAAUUGGGCGAGCUACAAGGACAACGGCGAAAACAGCAAGAGCAACAAAACAGUGAAGUAUUACGCGAACUAGCAAGCGUCCGGAAGGAAUUGGCAGAUUUAAAGGUCGAAUUUUCUAAAACAGAAAUGGAACUGGAGGAAAAAAUUCAAGAAAAUCAAAAUAUGAAGAAAGAGAUGGAAGCAAAUAAAAAUACCUUAAAAACAUUAAAAAAUAAAAUACAUUCAUUACAAGACGAGAAUACAGCAUACAAACUUCAGGGUCGAACUACAUUGGCUGGUAAAACCAUUAAACGAACAGAAUCGAUGGAUGAACAGAUAAGAGCGUUAACUGAAGAAAAUGAGAACUUAAAAAAGAAAUUUGACCUUCAGGAACAUCUUCAUGAACAACAUAUAAGGAUUGCCAAUGAGAACAUUGAACAAUCAGAAGCUAUAAAUAAUCUUUUGAUGAAUCUUCAAGGCAAAACUGAAGUUGAUGUGAAGGUGAUGUUGGAUGAACAAAAACAAACCCAACAUUCUGCUAAAGUAUCGAAAGAACUUUAUGAGGCUGCUCAUCAUUUGGAUACUUUAUAUGACAAGAUAGAUGCUUUAGAACGCUUCAUCAAUAUAGUAAAACAAACAGUUAAUGAUGUAACAAACCGUGUAGAAGAAGCCGAAGCAUUCAUUACUAAUCCUAUUAAUCUUAAUACGUCCAAGUCAAUAGAACCAUCUGAUUUGAAACUCCCUCCAAUGCGAUCAUUGAAUAUUUAUCGUACAUCAGAUUAUUUCCCUCCGGAAGCCGAAACUUCUGAACAAUUAUAA